AUGACACAAUAUUAUUCGGAUAUUAUAAACAAUUAUUUUUUAGAGAGUAAUAAAAUAUUAACAGGAGAGAAAACGGCGGAAAAUUCAUUACGUAGAUAUUUGAUAAACACGUCCGGAUGUCGGAUUCCAUAUAUAAAUCCAUUCGAUAAAACAGUUUUAAAAUAUUACAAAUAUGUUCCUCCACAUAUGUGUAGUGAUAGAAAACCUUUGAUUGAAUCAAAUCAAACAUCGAUUCGCAUUGUUAAAAGCGAACUAAAGAAUUAUGAUGUGAAAAAUAUAAAGGAAUUACUUUGCGGUUACGUGGAAUUUUCAGUAAAUAAUAAAAUCCAACAACAACAAGUUAAAAAAUCUUAUGAUUACGAAAACAGAAAAAGGUUUCACUCUUUCGAGGAUUCAGUUAAUAUUUAUUCAGAAUUCAUUCAAGUUUUGUGCUUUUAUGAAAUGAAAAAAAUUUAUGAAGAUUUCCAUACUUUUAUUAUUCCGAAAAAGGCAAAGUUUGAAAUUGAUCCAAUAAAAAAAACAAAACGGGAUAACGACGAUGAUAAUUCCGAAAAAUUAUCGGUUAUAAUCCUCGGUGUGGAUUCCCUUUCUAGAUUAAAUUAUUUAAGGCAAAUGCCUAAAACGAACGAAUUUAUAAGAUCGCAUAAGCCAUUUGAAUUUUUCGGUUAUAAUAAACCGACGGAUUAUCAUCUCGAUAAAUACAUGAGAAUAAACGAAAAACUAAUUGGAAAUCAUUUAAUUGGGGUUUCGUAUUACUGUCUCGGAAAUCGAUUUGUUACCGAUUUCUUAUUAGAUUACGCAAAUAAAUUUAUAUUAAAUAUGACGUAUUCAAAUAAAAAAUAUUGGAGUUUUUUUUGGGCAACUGCAUUGACUCACGAUUAUUUAAACGUACCGUCGAAUAACGACAUGUCUUUUUUAAAAAUUUUCAAAUCUCUGGUCAAUAAUAACGUAUUAAAUAACAGUAUGGUAAUAUUGAUGAGCGAUCACGGAUUAAGAUGGGGAUCGAUUCGUGAAACUUUUUCUGGACGAUUAGAAGAACACAUGCCUCUUUUAUUAAUAUUUUUACCGGAUUGGUUUAAAAAAAAAUACAAGACAGCGGUGAAAUACAUGAGAGAAAAUGCAUAUAAAUUAACAACUCAUUUCGAUCUACACGAAACAAUGAAAGAUUUACUUAAUUUAAAUAAUUUCAAAGAGGAAAAUUUAAAUGAUAGAAUAUUGAAAACUCGGAAAGAUAGAGGAAUCAGUUUGUUUCUUCCCAUACCGGAAAAUAGAACGUGCGAAACCGCCGGAAUCGGCGUGUCCUGGUGCACGUGCAAUCAAAUUAAAAAAAUAUCAAUCGGGAAUAGAAAUGUUAAAAAAGCUGUUCAAGUCUCGGUGAAAUAUAUAAAUUCACUUUUGAAAAAUUACAAUCGUUGCGCUAAAUUAAAACUCAGUAAGAUAUUAUCGGCGAGUUUAAGUUCAACGAACGAAGAUUUGGUUAUAAAAUCAAAAAACAAAAUAUCGGAUUUUAUCGUGUCUUUUUUAACAGAGCCCGGUUAUGGAAAAUUCGAAUCGACCGUACGUCAUUUAACGGAUAUAAAUAAAAUGUCAGUCGUAGGACACGUUGCAAGAAUAAAUUCUUACGGUGAUGAAAGCAAAUGCAUUUUUAAUGAAAAUUUAAAAUUGUAUUGUUUUUGUAUAUAA